AUGGACAAGCCGAACGCGCUCGGCAUCACGGCCGAUGAAUUCAAGGCAAUUGAGCAGACGCGCCAGCGUCUGUUCCAACUCUCCAACAGCAUCCAGGGUCUGCGGAUGGACGUCUUGAAGAGCAACCCGCUUCCUCCCCCAGCGUCCCUCCAAGCACAAUCCCAAAUCCUCCUCCGCAACCUCCAAUCCCUCCUCGAGACCCUGACAGAAAACACCCACGUCUUCCAGCACCUCCACGUCUUCCCGGACGUCGCCUACCCGGGCCGCGUGCACGAGAACAUCCUGCUGCAGCUGCUCCGCAAGAAGCUCGAGCCGGGCGUCGAGGAGUGGGUCGAGCGCGGGCGGGAGACGACGCGGGAGCUGCGCGGCGGCGCGAACGCCGCUCCUCCUCCUUCCUUGUCGGACGGCAGCAGUGUUGGCAUUGGCGGCGGGCCCGGCAUUGCUGGCGGACCUGUCGGUGCUGGCAACGGCGGCGGCGAGGCCCAGCUCGAGGCGGUGUGGCGCGACGUGCGCGCGUGGACCGUCGAGCGGGUGCAAAAGUACGUCCUCGAGGAGGCGGGGGACGUGUAUACCGAGGACGAGCGGCGGAUGGGGGUGGAGAAUGUGAGGACUGGGCUGAGGAGGGGGCUCGAGGAGGAUGACGAGGAUGACGAUGAUGAGGACGAGGAGAGCGAUGAGGAGGGCGGCGGUGGUGGUGAUGGGGACGUGAUCAUGUCUGGGCAGUCGCAGAAGACGAAGAAACCGACAAAGCCAACGGGCCCGGAGCCGGAGAUGCUCUUCUGGUUCGAGGCGAGGGGCGAUUUCGACUUGCCGCGGAACGUGGACUUGCUGAGUCAGGCUGGUAUGAAGCGCGGGCGGUAA